CUCACAGUGUCAAGGGAAACCGGGCUACCUCAACAAACUGGUCACCAAGCGCUCUCCCAUUCUUCAUCCAACCUGUUGCUUCAGUGGGUGUGUCUGCCUAGAAACCAACUGCAAGAUAAAUCACUUACUAUCACUGGAAUCCGUAAGUCACUGAAUAUUGCUCACAAUGGGUUCAGAGAAUGAGAGUGUGAAACUCUGGGGUGGGAGGUUCAGCGGUUCGACUGAUCCUGUCAUGGAAAAGUUCAAUGCGUCGCUGCCCUUUGAUAAGAUCAUGUGGAAGCAGGAUAUACAAGGUAGCAUUGCUUAUGCCAAAGCAUUGAGUAGAGCAAAUUUGUUGACGGAAGAUGAAUGCAACACAAUAAUUGAGGGAUUAGAAACUGUGCGCAAUGAAUGGGCUCAAGAAAUCUUUGAGACACAACCUCAGGAUGAGGACAUCCACACUGCCAAUGAGAGGAGACUGAAGGAACUUGUUGGUGAGGUGGGAGGCAAAGUUCACACUGGUCGGAGUCGCAAUGACCAAGUGGCUGUUGACAUGAAGUUGUGGCUUCGGGAACACUUGACAGAAAUUGGAGAACAUCUUACCAUUCUUGCAAGGGUCUUAGUGGGACGUGCAGACAGAGAGAAGGCGGUCCUCAUGCCAGGGUAUACACACUUGCAACGAGCGCAGCCAAUUCGAUGGUCCCAUUUGCUCCUGAGUCAUGCUUGGCCGUUAGUGACUGACCUGGAGCGCCUCCAAGAGCUGUAUUCUCGUGUCAACGUAUGUCCACUUGGGUCAGGAGCUCUUGCAGGCAAUCCAUUUCACAUUGAUCGUGAACAGUUAGCUCAAGACCUAGGCUUCAGGAGUAUCACAGAAAACAGUCUUCAGGCUGUCAGUGAUCGAGAUUACGUAGUGGAGUUUUUGUUCUGGUCCAGCUUGGUGGGUUCACACCUGAGCCGCCUGGCAGAGGAUGUCAUCCUGUAUUCUACCCGUGAAUUUGGCUACAUUAAGCUGUCAGAUGCCUAUGCCACGGGGAGCUCCCUCAUGCCACAGAAGAAGAAUCCUGACAGCAUGGAGCUCAUCCGAGGGAAGGCAGGGACCCUGGCAGGAAAUCUAUGCGGUUUCUUGGCGGUGCUGAAAGGUCUCCCUUCAACGUAUAACAAAGAUCUACAAGAGGACAAGUUGAAGAUGUUUGAAACCGCCUCAAUUAUGAAGGGGCUUCUCCAAGUAGCUGCUGGUGCAGUUGAGACAAUGGAAGUUGAUGCAGCAGCGUGUCAAAAGGGAUUGACGGAAGAGAUGCUUGCUACUGACAUAGCCUACUACUUAGUCAAGAAAGGAAUGGCAUUCCGAACUGCCCACGGCAAAGCAGGAGAGGUAGUUAAACUAGCGGAAGAACUUGGAUGUCCAUUUUCAAAGAUUCCUCUAAGUGAACUCGUUAAAGUAAGCUCGCUCUUUGCUGAUGAUGUGUCGUCAGUUUGGAAUUUUGAACACAGUGUCGAGCAGUAUGAAGCAGCAGGUGGAACAGCACUAAGCAGUAUCAAUGUGCAGAUAACCAAGGUAACGGCAUUCCUGGAUAACUUCAAUGUUGCGGGUGAGAGAACCAGUGUCACUUCACCAUGAGAAGGGCCUUAGGAUAUGCAAAGAAGGAUACAAAGGAUAUAUUAGUUUGAGAUCUACUUUUGUGAUAGAGUUUUGAGUUUUUAGU